AUGGCAUCUUCUGUCCGUGUAACUGGUUAUAAGAAUUCUACUUCACGCCACUCCAAUGGCCUUACCAUUCGAAGAGACCACAAGCAUUUAGGUCUCUAUCACUUACACUCACACAUACUCAAUUUUGAGAAAUCGCCAUUCUUCCCGCUCUACGCUACUUUUCAGCCCACAACCAUGGAGUUCAAUCUCAGCAAGCCCAACCGCAAGAUUCAUGCCGGUGUCAUAUUGACCAAAGGCGUCACCGAAAUGCUCGACGUUGCACCUUUUGAAUUCUUUGCCUGGACCGAUAAGACUUCCCGUCAAAUGCUGAACCUACCGCAGGAGAUGUGGGAGGACGAUAUCGAGUUUGACCUACAUUGGAUCACCGAGGACGGCAAACCGGCCCAGAUGAAGAGCAGAGCUCAGAUUCAGCCAACUGACUCCUUUGAGUCUUGUCCACCCUUGGAUAUCGCACUCAUGGGAGCUCAUGACCUAAAGUACAAGACCAGCGAAGCCGAGCUCGCCUUCAUCCGCAAGGUUUACGAGCAGUGCAGCGCCUUCUUGACCAUCUGUGGUGGUAUGUUCCCGCUUCUCGAGGCUGGCCUUCUGGCUGGUAAGACGGCGACUUGCCCCCGCAUGAUUGUUUCUGCCAUGAAGAAGAGUAUUCCGGUCGUCGAUUGGGUUGAGACUCGUUGGGCACAUGACGGGAAGCUGUGGACUUCGAGCUCGCUGCUGAAUGGCACCGAUAUGAUGCGGGCUUUUGCUGAGGCUACGUGGGGAGGGAAGCCCAACAAUGGGUGGGUCGAGGCGGCUCUCGAUAUUGGGGGCUAUCCUGUGAGAGACGUCGGCUUUAAGGAUUUCAAGGGACACCAUUACGCUGUCGAACAGCUUCCCUUCUAG